GGCCAGGGGAGAGGAAUGGGUCAGGUCGGAGCAGCCGCCCGCCACCUCCAGCCUCACUGCGAGCAGGAGACCAGCGCAGCGAGCCAGUCCGCGGAAGGACCGCCACAAAACAGCCUUGCCCGGGCUCAGAGCCCGCCCCCGCGGUGCCCCGCCGGGGCUGCUGUUGUCUUUUGGCUCCGCCGGCAAAUCGCUGCUCUGUGCGCGGUGCAGAAGCGAAACUCGUUUGGAUCAUGUCAAGCCAGGAAAAUGUUCCCCUUUCACCAUGCCCCAGACAGACUCGGGAACCAGCUGGUCCCCAUCCCUGGGGACCCCUGUCGUGGGCCCGGGAGUUACCACACUGAAGAGAGGAGUAGCAUGAUAUAUGCCUUGACUCAUAAACCAGAGAGCCUCAAAGGUUAUGUACUGGGAGCAAGAACAUCCCUACGUUUCCCACCAGACUGCAAGACCGUCACCCCUGGUCCUGGAACACACCAAUCAGCAUGGGUCAAAGACCGGAAGUUCCAGCCUGCCUACGCCCCAUUUUCUGUCAAGUCAUCACGAUUUCCGCAGAAGGCUCUGGAUAGAGAGUUUUUCCCUGGACCUGGAACUUAUGAAGCAGACAAGCUGCCACACAAGAAAAUCACCUGGCCAAUGAAGUUUGGGUCUCCAGAUUGGUCUUUAGUACCAGUGCUAGAGAGGAGGACUCUAAGAACAGAGCUGAUUACAGAUAAAGAAUUCAGGAAACAUCGGAAUCGAUUGGCCUACUUGAGCUUAUACUACAGCUGAAUAGUUCUACCCAUCAGAGCGUAUCUUUUCCUUUCCAAUUCUGUUUUUAGCUGCACCAAGAAUCGGGGUGUAAAACUAGUUCUCCUAUGCUACUCGGACUCCAAAAUCAGGCUGCUUCAUAGAGAACUGACCAGUGUUUCCAUUAGGGCUUAAUUGGUGUCAUUUCACUUUUUUUUUUAAAAAAACACGUCAGGUUUGGAACAUGCUCCAGUGUCAAAGUGUAUGUGGCCAGUGUGUGUGGGGGCGAAGUUUAAUAAAAGUCUGACUUUUGGUGCUA